AUGUACUUCCGGUUGUCAGCUGAUAGAUCCUUGCUCGCUUUCCCAAACCUAUUUCGAUUUUCGCAGAGAAAGAAAACGUCAGGCACCAUUCAACAUGGGCUUAUUUUACGCGAUUAAAAGCUAGUUGUAGCUGAAAUAUUGCUCUAAUUGUAGUGUUAUUGUUAUUAUAGUUUCAUUUUACAUGUACGUUGUGUAACUUUAUAGUCGAAAAUGGAUACGUUUAUCAUAGGAUACCUGGGUUAUGGCGUUUGUUGAUCAUUAAAAAAUUACGUUCGGUUCAUAGUUUUACUUUAUAUUUGAUGUCAGCUUUUAGUUUGUGAUCGUCUGUUUAGUUCGUGUUUACGUGUAAUAUUAAGAUGGUGAAGGAGAAGCCAAAUUCCAUACGGAUUUACGAUGACGAGGGUUUCAGACGCCGUGCGGCGUGUAUAUGCGUACGAUCGGACGCCGAAACCGAGGUGCUUCUCGUGACGUCGUCACGUCGACCGGACAAUUGGAUUGUGCCGGGUGGCGGCGUGGAGCCCGAAGAGGAGCCUUCGGUGACGGCCAUGCGGGAGGUGCUGGAAGAGGCGGGCGUCAUCGGCAAGCUGGGUCGGUGCCUUGGAGUCUUUGAGAACCGAGAGCACAAACACAGAACGGAAGUGUAUGUGAUGAUGGUGACACAAGAGCUGGCUGAGUGGGAGGACUCCCGGCUCAUGGGCCGCAAGCGCCAGUGGUUCUCCAUAGACGAUGCGCUCGCGCAACUCGCGCUGCACAAGCCCAUACAGCGCCAUUACUUGCAACAGCUGCGUCGCUCCAAACAAAACAAGCCUGACGACCCCGGCAGCUAAGCCCGCUUCAGGCAUAGGUUAAGCUCAGAACGCCUUCCGGCCAUCUGCUUCACCACGCUGCAUAAAACACGUAACCGUAACAUCUCGUUUUUUCUACUUUACGUAUAUUUUUAUACUACAACAAUGGAAUAAAUGUUAAUUUUAUUUUGUUAGCAUUAAAACGAAAAGACAUGCAGAGCUCUAUUUUUUAUUUAAAUUAACUUGAGUAUAUCUAAUCCUCGAGGAGUUUUAAAAUAAAUUUUAUAUUGAUCUUU